GUCAAACUUUAACCCAAUGCUGAUCACUGGAGUUUAUCUGCAGUUUGUCAGAAGAGCAAGGAAAGGACUCUCAGUCUGAGAUGAGUCUCUCACAGAAACAGAGUGUAAGAUCAGGCUCACAUGUGUCCAGCUCUGUGUCUGUGAAGAGUGACCGGUCAAAGGGUGAAGGACCAAACUUCAGUGAAGAAACAACAUCACAACCCAAAUGUGUAAGAUCAGACUCACAUGUGUCCAGCUCUGUGUCUGUGAAGAGUGACGGGUCAAAGGGUGAAGGACCAAACUUCAGUGAAGAAACAACAUCACAACCCAAACGCAGCGGACUUCAAAAUCAAACCUUAGUUCCAGAUUUCCAGACUAACAGAAACCAAAAGGACUUUACAAGCAGUUUCCUGAGGAUCUUCCAGGAUCUAGAGAGCAACAUAGUCACAUUUCUGAAGAAAGAACUGGACAAGUUUAAGAAAAUAUUGCAAAAAGAGGACUUGCAGUACUUUGUGAAGGAUUUUAAUGAGAAAAAAUGCAGUAUCAAAGAAGCAGCUCUUGAUCUCACACUCUACUUCCUGAGAGAGAUGAAGCAAGAUGAAGCUGCCGAUACUUUAGAAGAUGAGCUGUUCUUCAUUCAUCAGCUAAAGUGUAGUCUAAAGAAGAAGUAUCAAUGUGUGUUUGAAGGAAUUGCAAAGCAAAGUGACUCUAUACUUCUGAAUAACAUCUACACAGAUCUCUAUAUCACUCAGGGUUGUAGUGAACAGGUCAAUACUGAACAUGAGGUAAGACAGAUUGAAGUUGCUUCCAGGCAUCAUGAAUCAGAAGAAAUACAGGUUGAAUGCGCAAAUUUGUUUGAAGCACCUGAAGAAGACAAGCAGAUCAGAACUGUACUGACAAAAGGAGUUGCUGGCAUCGGAAAAUCAGUCUCUGUACAGAAGUUUGUUCUGGAUUGGGCCGAAGAAAAAGAAAAUCAAGAUAUCAGCUUCAUAUUUCCUCUCCCAUUUAGAGAGAUGAACUUAAAGGGGCAAGAUAAUAUAAGUUUGAUGGACCUUAUAACUCAGUUUUUCCCAGAGACAAAAGGACUAAACCUUACAAGAAGGAACCAAAAAGUCCUGUUCAUUCUUGAUGGUUUGGAUGAAUUUCGUCUUCCUUUAAACUUUGAUGGUAAUGACGUGUGGUCUGAUGUUUCAUCACCAGCCUCUAUGGAUGUUCUCCUAACAAACCUCAUCAAGGGAAAUCUGCUUCCUUCUGCUCUCAUCUGGAUCACCACCAGACCAGCAGCUGCCAGUAAGAUUCCUCCUGACUGUAUCGACCGUCUGACAGAGAUACGAGGAUUCAAUGAUGCACAAAAGGAGGAGUACUUCAGAAAAAGAUUCACAGAUGAGGAUCUGGCCAAAGAAAUCAUUGAUCAUGUUAAACAAUCAAAGAGUCUUUUUAUCAUGUGUCACAUCCCAGUCUUCUGCUGGAUUUCAGCCACUGUUCUCCAAAGUAUUUUGGAGGAGAAAAAAAAUAAUGAUAUGAAAAACAAUAAGGCUGAUGAUAAGUCCAAAACACUGCAGGAAUCAAAUACUGAAGACACUCCCAAGACUCUGACACAAAUGUACACACACUUUCUCCGCUUUCAGGUUCUGCAGAGUCUCAGAAAGUAUUAUGGAGAAUACAGUCCAGAUGUUUCCUGGGACAAAGAUGCCAUCUUUUCACUGGGGAAACUAGCAUUUCAUGAGCUGGAAAGAAACAAUGUAAUUUUCUAUGAAUCAGACCUGGAAGCCUGUGGUAUUGAUGUCUAUAAGGCAUCAGUGUAUUCAGGCAUGUGUACCCAGAUCUUUAAGGAGGAAACAGGGAUCGUUCUUGGUACCAUGUACUGCUUUGUUCACUUGAGCAUUCAAGAGUUUAUUGCAGCCCUUUAUGCACAUCUGUUUCUAACCAUCAACAAGAAAUAUGUGUUUGAUCAAGAUUCUACAGAACAGGAAAACAAAAGUGAAACCAUGAUUGAUUUGCUCAAGACUGCAGUGGACAAGGCACUAGAGAGUGAUAAUGGACACCUGGACCUUUUCCUUCGAUUCCUCCUUGGACUGUCACUUCAGUCCAACCGACGACUCUUACAGGGUCUGUUGAUGCAGGAAGACAACAAUGACCAGAGCAAAAAGGAAAUAGUUCAGUACAUCAAGCAGAAAUUUGAAUCUAAUCUGUCUCCAGAGAGAUCCAUCAAUCUGUUCUACUGUCUAAAUGAACUGAACGACCAAACUCUGGUAAAAGACAUUCAGACCCACCUUAGCAAAGGAAGUCUCUCAUCUGCUGAUCUUUCACCUGCCCAGUGGUCUGCUUUGGCCUUUGUGUUGUUGACAUCAGAGGAGGAGCUGGAGGAGUUUGAGCUUCAGAAAUUCAAGAAAUCAGACGAGUGUCUCAUUAGAUUAUUGGCAGUCAUCAAAACAUCUAAAAGAGCUCUGCUAAAUGAUUGUGGCUUAACAGACAAAAGCUGUUCAGCUCUGGCUACAGUUCUUGGAUCAGAUACCAGUCUGAAAGAGCUGAACAUGAGCAAUAAUAAUCUACAGGAUUCAGGAGUGAAGCUGCUCUGCACUGGACUGGAAAAUAUGAAGUGUCAUUUGGAGAUACUGAGACUUUCAGACUGCAGUAUCACUGAAGAAGGUUAUAAAGCUCUGGCUUCAGCUCUGAGAUCAAACCCUUCACACCUGAUAGAGCUGGAUCUCACAGGAAAUGAUCCUGGACAAUCAGGAGUGAAGGAGCUCAGUGAUUUACUACAGGAUCCAAACUGUCAACUCAAGACACUGAGGUGAGAUGUGAUGAAAUGAUGUAAAAUAAAUAAAUGAU